UUUUUUAAGAUAUGAGCAAAAAAAAAGUUGUUUUUGAUUAAUCAAAAUCGACGCCAACUAGGAACGCGUGUCAAAAGGGUAUUGGUGGGAGUAGGAUUUGAGAACUUGUAUUAUAAAAGAGCUAUACUUCUCACCACCACCCAUCUCUCUCUCUCUUGAAGUAGACUCUAAGCUAAAGCCACCGUCAGAUUUCAGAUCUCAGAUCUCACCGCUUCAUUCCAAGCCAUGGCCGAGAAGGGCAAGGAAAAGGUUACUAUGAUGAAGUUGAAGGUUGAUCUUGAUUGUGCCAAGUGUUACAAGAAAGUCAAGAAGGUUCUUUGCAAAUUCCCUCAAAUAAGAGACCAAUUGUUCGAUGAAAAGUCCAACAUUGUCAUCAUCAAGGUCGUUUGCUGUAGUCCUGAGAGGAUCAUGGACAAACUCUGCUCCAAAGGCGGCGGCUCUAUUAAGACCAUCGAGAUCGUUGAGCCACCCAAGCCUCCUCAGCCUCAGCCACAACCAGCUCCUCAGAAGCCUAAAGAUCCUGAGAAGCCUAAAGCCCCCGAGAAGCCUAAGGAACCUGAGAAGCCUAAGCAGCCUGAAAAGCCUAAAGAACCCGAAAAACCAAAGCAACCGGAAAAGCCUAAAGAACCCGAGAAGCCGAAGCAACCCGAAAAGCCUAAAGAACCCGAGAAGCCAGCAGCCGCGGCCAAACCCGCACCGGCUCCAGCACCAGCGCCAGCACCAGCACCCGCCCCUGCCCCAAAGCAGCCGCAGGCGAUCCCGAUGAUGCCGCAAGGGCAGCCAGCAAUGUGUUGUGGACCAUCAUACUAUGAUGGAUACGGAGGGCCAGCGUUCAAUGGAUAUGGAAUGCCGCCGCCGCAGCCAUACGAGUGCUAUGGGAGACCAGUCUACGAUAGCUGGGGUGGGGGCUGCCCACCACCACCUGCCUACAGACAUUGCCACGUCACCAGAUGUGAUUACUUCAGCGAAGAGAAUCCACAGAGCUGCUCCAUCAUGUGAUUCCUCACUUACUUCUUUUUAAUCUUUUUAAAAACAAAAUCCUUUAUUUUACUUCAAUCUUUUUCUUUUAUUAUACAAAUAAUAAUAAUAUAUAGAGACAUGGUUUUACGUGUAAUGUUGUGAUUAAGAGAAACAAAUAAGCAAAGAAGGAAGGAUCAUCUGUAUUUUGUAAUUGGUAUUAGCCAUUUUCCGAUAUCUGGUUUGUCCCAUUCGAAACUGUGUAAAACAACUGUACACAUUAAAGCAAAUUUGUUUUCAUUUUCUUCUA